UUUUUUAAUGGGUAGCGGCGGGGUGCCUAUAUUUGACAGUCGUGUUUUUAUUUUUCCCCAGUGUGCGAGCCUCACUUGGCUUGAGGAGCAAAAAAUAUACACAAAACAUCCCUCCAAGUGUGUCUGAAUGGCCCCAAGAUCAAUUUUCCACCGGAAUUGAGUGAUGUAUUGGCAGAAGUGUUGGGACAGAGAGACGCAAAAGCGGCAUUUUAUGCCCACAAAAAUUUUUCAUCGUGCUUUCCUGUGUGCGUUACAUCGAGUGUGUGUGAUUACGGCGCUUUAGGAGGUGGAAUUUCUCAUAAUUCUCGGAAGAAAUUGUUUUGAUCGUGGUCAUAUAAAUGUUGUGAGAUUUAUUGUGGACCCAAAGGGGACUUCCAAGGUAGUUUGUUUUUUUUUGGACUUUCUCAGCAAAAAUUGUACACGCCUAGGGUGGAAAAUUGUGUGUGGAGUUGUGACGGGAAAAACUGAACGUGGAUGUGUAUGAAAAAGUGACUGUGACCCUUUUUGUGCAUAAAAUUUUCCUCAAUUUCAUGUCAUUUUUCCCACGAUGGAACUCAUUGAAGUCUAAAUUGGAGACUGUUGUGUAUUUUUUCACAAUCAAUUUGGUGUUUACAGUGCAAUUUUGGGGUUAAAUGUUUUGGAUUUUUGGAAGCAUUUCCCUCAUGAGUGGAAAUAUGUCGCAUUUUCUUUAAUAAUAAAGAGAGAGGAUUUCUCUGUAGAAGUUUUGUGAAAAGGACUCAUAAGUUAGUCACAAUUGAAGAUAGAUCCUGGAUGGAAGAGCAUCGAGGUCACAAAACGACGAGACUUUGGUAAAAGGAGAAGUGAGGAGCCUAUUUAAUGCAACCCAUGAUUAAUUAAAAGUAAAAGUUUAAAAAAAAAGAGAAACGUAGCAAAAUAUUACAUUUAGUGUUUAAUUUUAAGUGAAAAUAGUGUAAAAAUAAAAACUUAGUAAGAUGUUUAGUGAAAGUCCAUGAGCAAUGAAGAAGAGAAAAUUAAGUGCAAAUUUGUGUAGUAAAAAGUUAAGUGACUGUAAGUGGUUUUAUGAAGAUUUUGCUGAAACGAUGGAGUGUGUAUCUGAUCCUCCGUUAGAUGGAGACACUAGUCGUGGGAGGAUAAGUGCAGAGUGUAGAGUUGGAGGGAAGGACGAUCGAGAACGAGGAAUUAAUUUAAUUGUUAGUAAAAAUAGUGGUAGGAUGUUUAAAGUGCCAAAGUAUUUGCAUCAGGGAUUCAUCGAAAACUGUUCCAAGUGGUUCAUGAGAGGAAAGAUGACGAUGAGACUUUCAAGUUUAACAAAUAUUUUAGUAUUAUAUGUGUUUGUAUUGACACUCUCAUUAACCGUACAAUCCGUACAUGGAGAUCAAAUCCAGCCCGAAACUCAUAUGCCGUCAUUCAAUGAUACAGGAGUAUGCCAUAGCAUGGACAUUAGAAAUAAACCAUCGGAGUUAGAACGCCUCAGGAAUUGUCGUGUAAUUGAAGGAUUUCUGCAAAUUCUCCUAAUUGAUCGUAAAGUGGUAUCUGAUAAGGCAUAUGAUAAUUAUACAUUUCCUUUGCUGACUGAAAUAACAAGCUACCUGAUGCUAUAUCGUGUUAAUGGCCUCAAAACACUCAGGAAACUCUUUCCAAAUCUGUCUGUCAUACGAGGGAAUAAACUAUUUCUCGAUUAUGCCUUUAUUGUAUAUGAAUUGAUGGAUAUUGAAGAAAUUGGUCUUAUUUCACUUACACACAUUGGACGGGGAGCUGUUAGAAUACAGAAUAAUCCCAAUUUAUGCUAUGCUCAUACCAUCGAUUGGACACUAAUUGCUCCACAUACGGUCAAAAAUGAUCACUACAUAAAGGGCAAUAACAAGGAAAAUCUGUGUCCAAUGUGUCCUGGAAGCAAAAGAGGUGAAAGGGAAGGUGAUCAAGAAUCUCUCAAAAGAACACUUGAAUGUCCAACUUCACGUCAUGAACCAUUUAAUAGACUCUGUUGGAAUAGUGAAUAUUGUCAGAAAAUUUGUCCGGAUAAGUGUAGACAUCACUCUGAUGACUUAGCCUGUUCUAGUGAUGGCAAAUGCUGUGACUCAUCUUGUCUCGGGGGAUGUGAGGUAUCUCAGCCCAAAGUCUGCAAAGUGUGUCGUCAUUACAGUUUUGGCUAUGGAAAGGAUCGUGUCUGCGUCCAAAAAUGCCCCAAUGGAUACUACACUCACUAUUCUCGACGGUGUAUCUCAAAGCAAGAAUGCUUAAAUAUUACCGAUUCUCUUGAUACGAGUCAUCUAGGCCAAAGUUUUCCCUUUAUACCCUUCAAUGGUACUUGUGUCCUCGAAUGUCCUACCAAUUACUACAAAAUGGACAAUUAUACAGCAAAUCGCACAUGUUUUCCGUGCAAUGGAAUGUGCCGUAAGACGUGUCAAGGGGGAAAAAUUGAUAGUAUUUCAACGGCUCAGAAGAUGCAGGGGUGCACUCAUAUAACAGGACCACUUGAAAUUCAGAUAAUGAAUCAAGGUGGUUUGAAUAUUGUGAAGGAAUUGGAGGAGUUUCUUUCAAAUAUUGAAGAAAUUGAUGGAUAUCUCAAAGUGGCACGGUGUUUUCCGCUGAUGUCACUGAGUUUUCUGAAAAAUCUCAAAGUAAUUCAUGGCAACACACUUGAGAACAAUCGCAAUUCUCUCAUUGUCCUGGACAAUCCAAAUUUACAAUCAUUGUGGAAUACAACAAGUCAAUUGAGAAUUGAGAAAGGUAGAAUAUCAUUCCAUUACAAUCCCAAAUUGUGUCUCUAUAAAAUUGAAGCACUGAAGAAUUCCAUUCCGGAUAUGGGUGGAAAGGAUUUCUAUGAGGUUCAGGAUGUGGCAAAGACAUCAAAUGGUGACAAAAUAGCAUGCAAUGUCACAAAAUUGAUUGUCAAUACGACAAAAAUUACAUCCAAUGGGGCAGUUAUUGAGUGGGAACCUUUCCAAUUGGAGGAUGAUCGAGCUCUAUUGGGUUAUGUUGUAUCCUACAUUGAAGCACCAUACAAGAAUGUCUCCCUCUAUGAUGGCCGAGAUGCAUGUGGUUCAGAUGGAUGGAAAGUGGAUGAUGUUGGACGAGAUAAUCUAAAGCAGUCAUCAAUUUACUAUCCAUUGAAUCGACUUCAGGCCUAUACUCAAUAUGCGUACUACGUGAAGACCUAUACAGUGGCCACGGAACAAUUAGGUGCCCAGAGUGAUAUAAUCUACAUCCGGACACGAUCAGGACAACCGCAGCCGGUUUUACGGCUUCGAGCGGCUGCCAAUGGGACAUCGGAAAUUGUUGUCGAAUGGGAUCCACCUGCUAAGGCCAAUGGAAAUCUCACAACUUACUGCAUCUCGGUUAAACUUGCGGAAGACGAUUCAUCUUUGAGGUCAAAGAGGAAUUACUGUAAAUUUGGUUUAAAGCCAGAAAGUGAUUUGCCAGCUCCUCCAAGUUCGCCACAAAAACCAACAGCACCAACACCCAGCGACGAUCCGGAAAAAUGUGCCUGCACUAAGGACGAUAAACCAAAGCUCUCGGAGACUGAUGCCGAAAUUCAAAUAAGCUUCGAGGAUCAUCUGCACAACUAUGUCUACGUCAAGAAAACAACACCACGUAGUCGACGCAGUUUAUCACCUAAUGGAAAUAAUACAAGUUCCUUAGUUGGUGUUGAGAAAUUCCCUGAUACUCCUGUACCCGAUGGGUUGGAUGAAAAUGGAAUUUCUGAGGAUGAGAAGCAUGAUAUUUUGGAUGAAAAUAAUGAGUACUACAUUCAACUCUAUCGUGAACUCAAUGUAACUGAGACAAAGUAUGUUAUAAAGCAACUCAAACACUUUACACAGUAUAAGAUCUCAGUAGUUGCUUGUCGCGAUGAGGAGGAGGAUCCUUAUCCUGCCAAUGAGAAUAAACCCUCAAAUUGCAGCACAAAGGAAUUUGUACAACAAAGAACAGGAAAAAUUGGCGGUGCUGAUGAUAUUACUGGAGUUUCACUUGAGAAAAGCAGCAAUAACACUUUGUUCAUUUCGUGGAAGGCACCAAAGUAUCCCAAUAGUCUCAUACUCACGUACACUGUGCGAAUUCAGAAGGUUGAUGAUGUGAAUAGCAUGAGAAAAGCUGUUGAGCAUUGCAUCCAAAAGGAGGAUUUCGAUAAGAGAAAUGGGACAUUUAAACUCACCAUGACCGAACCUGGAAACUACAGUAUCCAAGUGAUGGCAACUUCCCUGGCUGGUGAUGGAAAUGUCACAGAACCGCGUUAUAUUGUUAUUCAAAAAGAUAAUGACCAUGCUCUAACCAUUGGUCUGGCAAUUGCUCUUCCCAUUCUCCUAGUCACAUUAUUCAUAUUUGUGUUCUUCUGGUAUCAAAAACGCAUGAGAAAUGUGCCUGAUUUGAAGUUAAUAGCCACAGUUAAUCCCGAUUAUGUGAGUAUGCAGUACACACCGGAUGAAUGGGAGAUGCCAAGGGAUAAUAUAACGCAGCUGAAGGAAUUGGGUCAGGGAUCAUUUGGGAUGGUGUAUGAGGGAACAAUAAGUAAAUUGGAAAAGUAUGGAGAGAAUGUAAAGUGUGCCAUUAAGACGGUAAAUGAGAAUGCAACGGAUCGUGAGAGGAUGAAUUUCCUGAAGGAGGCAUCAGUGAUGAAGGCCUUUGACACACAUCACGUUGUGAGGCUUCUUGGUGUUGUAUCGCGUGGACAACCGACACUUGUUAUCAUGGAAUUGAUGGCUAAGGGUGAUCUCAAGGGAUACCUAAGAUCACAUCGUCCGGAUCCCGAAGCAAUUAAAACCGGCCAGAGUCCACCACAACCACCAACAUUGAAGCGUAUACUUCAGAUGGCUAUUGAAAUUGCUGAUGGAAUGGCAUAUUUGGCAGCUAAGAAAUUUGUCCAUCGCGAUUUGGCGGCAAGAAACUGUAUGGUGGCUGAAGAUUUAACUGUUAAAAUUGGCGAUUUCGGCAUGACAAGGGACAUCUAUGAGACGGACUAUUACAGAAAAGGAACUAAAGGUCUUUUGCCUGUUCGUUGGAUGUCUCCUGAGAGUCUCAAAGAUGGUGUCUUCACGAGCAGUAGCGAUGUCUUCAGCUAUGGCGUGGUUCUGUGGGAAAUGGCAACACUCGCAUCGCAGCCAUAUCAGGGAUUGUCAAAUGAUCAGGUGCUACGGUACGUGAUUGAUGGUGGUGUGAUGGAAAGACCAGAAAACUGCCCUGACAAAUUGUACCAUUUGAUGCGCGAUUGUUGGCAACACAAACCAAAUCUUCGGCCGUCAUUUAUUGAGAUUGUUACGAGUCUCCUGGAUGAUGCCCAUGUUAAUUUUACAAAAGUCUCCUUCUAUCACUCUGACGAGGGUGCUGAAGUUCGAAUACAGCAGGAAACUGCAUCGCAAGCUCUUGCGGAAAAUCGUUCAGAUGAUGUCACAACGCUUCUGAGGAGAGAUGAGGAAGCACUUAGCAUAGAUGAUGAACACGAUACAGAUGAGAAUUUUCUUAUGGAACGCCCUCGAAGUCAUCAACUCAUAACAAGCGCAAGUUCAUAUCCAAAGAAAAAACAGCAACAUUCUCCGCUUAGGUGAAAAUUUGUACAGAAAGAGUUACUUGGUGGUCAGUAGGAGAAAGAUUAGAUGAAGAGGAGGAAGAGAGGGAGAAAGUGGGAGAAGGUCAUAUCCGUCGCCUUGACAUUGCAAAAAAAAAGAGUUAAUAUUUAAAUGAAAGAAAAAAUCUCUUGUGUCUUCUCGAGGUUUCAGCCUAAGGAAAAAAAAGGAGUUAAAAAAGAGGAUAAAGGAGGAGAGCUGGGAUUUUUUUAAAUCACACCAACUCACAACAGACUGUUUUGAAUGUAUAUUUUCAACAUUUUUUUUUAACAUAAUUACUGUAAAUACCGACUGAAAACAAAAUAGAAUCGUGGAUAAAUCAACUGAAUACUUAGUAAAUGCGCCAUAAGAAGCUAAAAGAAUAAAAAAUCUACAACAUUUAGUAAUGAGAGAGAAAGAAUAAUGGUGCAAAAUAAUUAUAAGCACUACCAUUUUAAAAUUUAGUAAAGAGAGGAGAGAAAAAAAAUUAAUUUAGCUUAUGCUAAAAGAAAAGCAGGAUAAAAAAAACUCUUUCUAGAGAAUAAAAAGUAAAUACGUUUUUCAUUAACAUUUGGUAUAUAUACGAGAAAAAAUUGAUAUGUCGCGAAAGUAAUAAAAAUUUUAAUUCUUAAA